UAUAAAGGUAAUCUUCCUACUUCACGUUCUCCCAGUGUGGUAUCAUGGAUGCAGGUCAAUUUGCUCUUACCACAGCGGUCUCAACCGCUUCCCACCCGUUUACCUAUGCAAGGGUUUUAAUACAGCUUGGACAUGAACCUUUAUCACCAUACCAGACCAAAUCUUUCAUCUGGUUUGGUAAAGACAUCUUAGCGUACCCAGGGGUGUUCGCCUACGUGGGUCACAUAAGAAGAACUGAUGGCUUCACUGGUCUAUUUCGUGGCCUGUCACCUAGGUUGAUAAGUACACUGACUUCCAACUAUGUUGGAGCUUCAAUAAGAAAGGUACUAAAAAGCAAAUGGACAUUAGAUGCAAAUGAGCCAGAGGGAUCUGUGAAGAAAUACCUCCUUGAGACUACACAAGACAUGAUUGCCAGGUAUGCAGGGAUUAUCAUAAGCCAUCCAUUCCAAGUGAUAAUGGUGCGAUCCAUGGCAGAAUUUGUAGGAAGAGAAGAUAUUUACAGUGGAUGGCUGACACCAUAUUCUGAGAUAUAUCAAAAAGAGGGGAUUUGGGGGUUCUUUGCGGGUCUAGUGCCACGCCUGAUAGGGGACACCAUCUUACUGUGGGUCACAAAUACCCUUGUGUAUCUGAUCAACAGUUAUAUAGUGAAGGACAAGGAAUUACAGACCUAUACUUAUCCAGCUUGCACGCACAUUACCACCCAUUUCACUUACUCCUUCACACUGGUGAGCAACAUCAUGGCAGUGAACAAUGCAGGGCUUGCUUUGGCUGCUCCUCCAAUAAUUCCAGCAUUUGACAGCUGGAGAGACUGCUGGUCCUAUCUUAAGUCUAAUAAUGAGCUGAAGAGAGGAGCUUCUUUGCUGUUUGCCCGCACUUGUAAUAUCCCAAAAGCAAGCCACCAUCAAGCUUUGGACUUCUACAUGCAGCGAUAAGAAAGCCGCAGGCAUAGCAAGUGAUACUUGAAAUCAAGUAGAACAAAGUGUAAAAUAAGCAGAACAUUAUAUAUAAAUUGUAUAUUAUAAAUCCAUAAUAUUCAAGAGAAUAAUUGUACAAGGACAGUAAGCCACAAGAGGGUUAAUAUUGUUUCCAAGUUUUUUAAGGAUGUGUAAGGUUAAUAUCAAGAUUCAAUGAACAAUGAGUGGAUGAUAAUUUUCUUCAAUGAAAUAAUGAGUGAAUGCGACAUUUCUUCUUGAUUUACACUCGUUUUGUCUACACAGCAUGUCCUGCCGAAGUAUCUACAUUGCUAAAAAAAGCACAUCUAAGAUGUGUAUUCUACUGAUGACUGCCAAAAACUUAAAUACCUAGUAAAUGUGGGACCUAUACAAAAAGACAAUGAAGUUUUUUACCGCCAAUUGUCACUUAUUUGCUGAAUAGUAGCUUGAGAGUGUUAAUAUAUUUGAUUCUUUUAAUUGAGUGAAUGAAAUAAAAACACCAAGACGGAUAAAA